GGAGUUUGAUAUGAUGAUUAGAGAAUAACCAGAGUGACACGUCGCAAAUUCCCCAUAAUCAAGGCGAACUUUUCCGGGUGGUGAUCUCUGAAAUUGCUCAGUGAGCACCCCUAAUUAACCUGAUUUUUUGCUGAUAAUCACUCACAAUGGAAUCAAAUCAAAAAUCGGGGGAUGGUUUGACCGGCACACAGAAAGAAGCUGCUCUCCGUGCAUUAAUUCACCGCACAGGAUAUAGUUUGAUCCAGGAAAAUGGACAAAGAAAGUAUGGAGGUCCACCGCCUGGCUGGGAUGCCCCGCCACCAGAGAGGGGCUGUGAGAUUUUCAUUGGGAAAUUACCCCGAGACCUUUUUGAAGAUGAACUUAUUCCAUUAUGUGAAAAAAUUGGUAAAAUCUAUGAAAUGAGAAUGAUGAUGGACUUCAAUGGAAACAAUAGGGGAUAUGCCUUUGUAACAUUCUCUAACAAACAGGAGGCUAAGAAUGCAAUCAAGCAACUUAAUAAUUAUGAAAUUAGGAAUGGACGACUCCUAGGGGUUUGUGCCAGUGUAGACAACUGCCGUUUGUUUGUAGGAGGAAUCCCAAAAAACAAGAAGAGAGAAGAAAUUUUAGCAGAGAUGAGGAAAGUCACAGAUGGGGUCAUUGAUGUCAUUGUGUAUCCCAGCGCAGCAGACAAAACAAAAAACCGUGGCUUUGCUUUUGUGGAAUAUGAAAGUCAUCGAGCAGCAGCAAUGGCAAGAAGAAAACUGCUACCAGGAAGAAUACAGUUAUGGGGACAUCCUAUUGCUGUAGACUGGGCAGAACCAGAAGUUGAAGUUGAUGAAGAUACAAUGUCAUCAGUUAAAAUCCUCUAUGUGCGAAACCUUAUGCUAUCAACCACCGAAGAGACGAUUGAAAAAGAAUUCAACAAUAUUAAACCAGGUGCAGUUGAAAGAAUAAAGAAAAUCAGAGACUAUGCAUUUGUACACUUUAAUAACAGAGACGAUGCAGUUGAAGCUAUGAAAGCCUUAAAUGGGAAGGUGCUGGAUGGUUCCCCUAUUGAAGUGACAUUAGCAAAACCAGUAGACAAAGACAGUUACGUUAGACACACCAGAGGCACAGGGGGACGAGGUACCAUGCUACAAGGAGAAUACACUUACACAUUUGGACAUGUGUAUGAUCCUGCCACAGCCUACCUUGGAGCUCCAGUCUUCUAUGCACCUCAGGCCUUCGCGACUAUUCCUAACCUUCAUUUCCCUGCCACCAAGGGUGACCUCAGCAGUAGGGGCAUUAUCCGAACUCCAUCCAUUAGAGAAAUUUACAUGAAUGUACCUGUAGGGGCUGCGGGAGUUAGAGGACUAGGAGGACGUGGAUACUUGGCUUACACUGGCCUGGGUCGUGGAUACCAGGUCAAAGGAGAAAAGAGGGGAGAAGACAAACUCUAUGAUCUUUUGCCUGGAAUGGAGCUUACCCCAAUGAACCAUAUUGCUUUAAAACCACAUGGAAUUAAACUUGCUCCUCAGGUCUUAGAAGAAAUCUGCCAGAAAAAUAACUGGGGACAACCUGUUUAUCAGCUUCAUUCUGCAAUUGGCCAGGACCAAAGACAACUAUUCCUAUAUAAAAUCACUAUUCCUGCCCUUGCCAGCCAGAAUCCCGCUAUACAUCCCUUCACACCUCCUAAGCUUAGUGCAUAUGUUGAUGAAGCCAAGACCUAUGCUGCAGAAUAUACUCUUCAGACCCUGGGCAUUCCCACAGAGGGAGCAGAGACUCCUGCUACAGCUCCUGCUUUUCCAGGAUACACCAUUGCUAAUCCAGCUGCUACUGUACCAGUUACACAACUAAAACAAGCAGUGACGCUGGGACAAGAUUUAGCACCUUACGCAACGUAUGAAGCCUACCCUGCCUUUGCAGUAGCUACUCGUAGUGAUGGUUAUGGAACGUUUUGAGAGACUGUUUUGUUUUUUUUUAAAUCAACGUUUUCUUUUAAUCAAGUGCGGCAAGAGGCUAGCUCAGUGUGAUAAUUAUUGUGACCUCAUGAUUUUAAACUAAUCUAUUGUCCAAACUUAGAUUUAGUGAUAGUUUUAUACUUCUAGAUUGAUAGUUUUACAAUGGAACAUAUACCAAAACAAAUUUUAAAAAUCAAUUUUUCGCACUGGAAAAAAAACAACAACAAAUUACCUUGGCCCAGGAAAAAGUUCUUAAAGGUUCUCAGGUAUAUAUUACUGUGUGUGUUUACAAACAAUAAUCCAUGCCGAACACAGAAAUAUUCCCAAUUAUGUAGCGACUUUAGAGCUUGAAAAGCAGUUAGACAUCUCAGAUGAGCAAGCUAUGUUUUCAUACCCAUAUUCGUGAUGCAUAGCAAGACUUAAAAGCAUAAAGGGGGGCAGUUAGGCACCCAACUCCCACAAUUUUUUUAAGUCUCCCCCUAAUUCCUCAGGGGCGCAAGUGGGCUAUACACAGUGGGGAGAGGAGCAAAAAGGAGUUAGAACAGAAUCCUCUUUGCAGGCUGCCGAGUGGUAGUGUUGCACCUCAACCACUACUGUAUGACAUGAAUGGUCGGUGGGAUCACUGUCCUUCCCCUUGAGAAACACAGAAAACCUCUCACGCCAUUCUACAAAACAAUUCACUUCCUCCGCAUAAUAAAGCUCCGAUGCUAUCCCCAGCCAAGCCUGUGUUCGCUGGCUACCACCCCAGUCCAGUACCUAAUUGCCUGGCUCUCCCCAACUAGCUACAUUAUGUCUCAUUCUCUGUUUUUCUUUCUUCCUCUCAGCUGUGUGUAUGGAUAGGAGGGGCUUUUUGUGUCCUUGGAUACCUCUUUUGAACUUGUACCUCAUUCACAUAAGCCAAUCGGGAGUUGAUUCUCUGCCUGCUCAUCCAUAAGCGUAAUGAGUUAGAUGUGCCCUUACCAUGCCUAACUUUCAUGAGCCAAUGUUGGCCCAUGUACACCUCCACCCACCUAGAAAAUCCUCCUAUAUCCUAGGUCAAGCAGACAAUGUGUGAAAUUUAAGGCAACCCUGUGUGCACAGAGGUCCUGCACACAACUUUGCUUCCUUUGAAAAUCAUAUAUGAGCCUAUCUUCCAUAUAAACACUAGAUUAGAGACAUUAAAUGCUCGUUUAGGUAUCUAAAAUGUUUUGACAACUCUGGCCAAUAUAUCAAAGGCCAGGUUGAAACUGACAGCAAAAGCUGGUUUUCACACAUUUAGCAGAAAAAUCUGAUAUGCUUAUUUAUGUGCAUUUCAGAGCUGAUUUGAUGUUUAAUGUAGUGGAUAGGUUUCAGUCACUGGAGUUUUCUCUAUCCUCUUGUAGUGCUCAGGUCUGUAUAGAAGAAGGCAAAAUCUCAAUAAAAUAAUGUAGUAUUUUCAGUUCCCAUCCCUUUUCCCUAGAGAGUAAAUAAUUUAGAAAAGCAUCCCGUAACUACUUAUGGUGAAAUCCAAAAAAGGGCUUGUUUAUCGUGGCUGAUUUUCAGUUAAACCAGCCCAUGAGAAUUCAGAAGUGAGAUUUAAUCAUCAUGCUUGCUAAACCUCUCUGAAGGUCACUGUCCUUCUAGUGCAAAUCAUCUCUUUGGGACAAAUUCACCGCAGGUGUAAGCAAGUUCUUGGAAUUACACCCUCUUACACUAGCAGUUAAUUACCUAUUAUCCCUGAGAGCAUUGUCCUCUACUAUAAAAAUUAUACUAAGAGAAAUUUAAAGCCAUGUAAAAUGUAAGAAAAUGGAACUUUGGAGAAAGCUGUGUGUUCAUCAACAGUUUAGCAUGACGCUGAAGCCAUGUCAAAGUUGCAUUAUAAUUUAAACCAAUAGAACUUUUAUGGCCUUUUGGCCAAAAUCCAGUGAAGUAUCAAUUUAAUAACUGAAAUAUCAUCUGUUGCAGUCUAUAGCCGGCCCUUGACUAAUUAAUUGAACAAUAUGUUUUCCCCUUAUAUUUAUUAGUCUUGUAACAAGUAUGGCAAGGGUUUGUGCAGUGCCUGGUCUUAUUACAAUUUCUGAGGGUUGCAAGUUGAUGGUGAUCUUUUGAACCUCCCAAAAGCCAUUGUACAUAUGCCUUUCAAGUUUCUUAAAAAUCAGCUGUUGAAACGAUCUGAUGUCUCCAUUAGCCUGAGGAGCCAGAGUCUAUAGGCUAUAAAAUGACAUUAUAUCAUACAGGCAAGCUUUGGUGAUAUUAAAAUUCCCCUUUGAUUUACAGCAUGGGAGAAUCAUCCUUUCAUUGAAAUAUCAGUCACCUCAAACCUACCCAGGAAUAACCAUCUCCUCUCCAACAAGUGAAAAGACUGAGGUAUAGCACACAUCUUUUAAUCACACCCAAAUGUGGAGAGCUUCCAACUGUAAGAUACUGCAUUCCAAUUCCUGAGGGGACAAUAUGGCAGACUGGUCUUUCUGAGCAUCUCAGAAAGCUUGCAUUCUCCUUUCACAUGAUCUUUCUAUGGGAUGUAGAGCCUAUAAUGCAUACUGUAGCCACACAGACCCUCCUAGUUUGUAUCCCAUGGUACCCCUUUGGUACUCACUUCACUUUAAGCCUAGUGAGUCAACACUAGUUAUGAAAUUGUAUACUCAGAAAGCUGCAACAUUUCUGAGAAGAUAAGACCAAAGGAGUUUGCUGAAUAUGAGACUUGAUCUUUUUACUACUGUAAAUAUGCAAACGUUAUAGAAAAUGUAGGGCUCUUUGGUUCCAGACAUAUCACACAGAAGUGUACCUGAGGCAUCAGAUCUGGACCCACCUGUCCCAAAAUUCAAGAGGGUCCAUAUAUGAGGUUUUGGUUUGCGCCCAUUUUUAGUUAAUAAAACUUGAGCUAAGACUAAACUAUACUAAAUUACAGACGUUGCACCUAAUUAACAUCAAUAAUUUGCAGUGCUUGAAAUGAAAUGAAAUAAUCAGCAAGAAAACACACUGCAGAUUGUUUGUAGGGUGAGGUGCAAGAACCAGACACAAUACAGUUGUGCAGCGGCAGACAAUAGCAAUCACACUGUACAACACACACUUGCUUUUCUAGACACAAAGUACUGCCUUGUAAGGUGCUCUGAUGACAACUGACUUCACUCUAACAGGAUGCUCUUGAGACAAUGCUACAGUUUGCACAUAUAAGAGCAGAAUCAGAAAGCUUAACCUAUGGUCCUGGAUUUCUAGGUUUUCCUUAUUAGGUGAACUGUAAAUGUUACUCUAUGCAUAUGAAAUCAAGAAAAAUAAGUCCGCACCCAAAUCUCUCUUCCUUGAAAAAAUCAUAUAUUUUAUUGCACGAUUAGGAGUAUGAAGCAAUUAUAAGUUCAAAACUAGUAGAAUUCAAAAUGCAGAGACAGACAGAGAGCGCAAUAAGUUAUUAUUCAAAAUAAUUCAGUACUAGUCUCUCUUUAGUGACAAAAUGUCAUGCGUGUUAAUAAAUGGUUAUUAAGGUCCCCAUAGAUAAUAGUUUUAGUACAGAGAGAAAGCAAGGUUACAAUAUCUCAGUCUAUAUCUCAACGUUAUCCAUGAAUACCUUCCAUUAUUAAUGGAGAGGAUUUACACUGUCAGAUUUUCAUAUUGUAGUCACCAAUCAUUUUUUUAAUGCCACUAUUUCAGCUACGCAUCUUCUCCAUCAAAGAGCAAAACAAGAACUUUCACCACCUUUCACCCUCUGACACACUGGUCACAUGAGAGGCACUCAGUGCUAAAAAAUUACCUGAUCCUGCCUGCACCCAGUGUAGUUAAGAGUGUUGCCUUGAUUUCAAUGAGAAAUGGAUUAGGCCCCAAAUCUGUAAACCAGUAUAUGUGAAACAACGACACUGUGAAAAUUAUUUUGCUUUUCUAAGUAGAGUUUUUAAUAUAUAUAAAGCUCUUCAAAGCACAUUGGUAUAUGAAAUACCGUUUACUAGAUUAGUAACAGUUAAGUGUUUAUAUUUACUUUUUUCUCGUAUUUUUGUUGACUUACUUGUAGUAGUAAUGGAACAAAUGUAUAAAUUGUAUAGUCUCUAAUGCUAUUAGUCUACCUAUUCCUGCAGUGUUUUGCAACUUUGUUAUAGAGAGACAGGGAUCACUCUUCUAAGCCCUAAUCACUCUUUUAAAUGUAUAUGCUCUAUGGAAUUUAUAUAGGAAACUUAAAGGGACACUGUCAAGAUAUUUGUAAUCAUUUUUAAAACUCUUGCUUUUUCUUUUUAGUUCAUUAUUCUCUGUAACCCACUGGAGGCUUGAGAGUAAACUAUGUUUUUAACAUUGGGCCUGCUACAGUGGCAUUGAAACCCAUUUGCCCUGGACUACAAUGGGAGCAGAAUCAGGCCUAUUUCCUUUCCACCCAUCACACCCAUGCCCUGGUUUGGCAUCAUAAGAUUGCUUAUCCAUGCUGUUUCCAGCUUCCAGGUUGUUUGUUCAUUUUAAGGUUUAAAGCAUUAGCUUUGGUAAGAAAAACAAUAGUUUAUAUAUAUUUAUGGUCUGAUUCUGAUUGCAUUCGCAACAGAUAUACACCCAUGUAGUUCCACUGAGUUCAAUGGCAUUAUUCUUGAUUUAGGCCAGCAUGAAAGGAGAAUCAAGCGCAUUGGCUUUGCAAAGUUUGUAGGAAGGAGGACGGCUUUAUCACUUAGAAUGAGGAACCCUGCUUUUGGCAAGUCACUUAAUGCCUUUGUGCUCACUUUCUUUAUCUGUAAAACUUGCCUAAUAAAACUGUCCUUUCCCCUUCUUCAUAGAUUAAAUUCAUUAAUGUCUAUAAAGCACGUUAGUAUCUUCAGAUAGAGAGUGGUAUCUAAGUGCAAAGUACUCAUAUAUAAAAGGGGACACAAAAUCAUUUGGGGUUUACCCAUCUUGGCAGUAUCCCUUUAAGGAUUUUUGGAAAACAAAAGGGAAAUUACACUGUUUGUCAAUUCUUUGGUGCCCCCUAGUCUCUAGAGUGUCAUAUUAAUUUAGUUCAUUGUUGUAUUGUCAAAAGCUUAUUCAUAUGUCAGAGUCACUGAAACGAAUUGGGCCCCAGUCCUGCUCUUCUUAGGUGAGGUAAAACUCUCAUUAACUUCAGUGGAUGUUUUGCCUGAAUAAAAAGUGCAAGAUCUGGCCACAUUUGUGAAAGUUCAGUUCUUCUGUAACUGCUGGAGCUAACGAGCUUAUUUCUAUUUAUACACUUUAGACACUAUCUCAUUAACGUGAUUUAAAAAAAACCAUGGCAUUCUCCUCUGCAAUUGCUACAGAAUUGUUUGCUUGCAGAGAAUGACAGCACUGCAUGGAAACCAUUUAAGCCCAGCCAUUGUACUCAGAGGUUUAAAUAAUUAAUAGUACUGUUGGUGUUUUAGCUCAAUUUUCUCUUAUACAUAUCCGUUUUAAAUCAUUUUUAGCAAUGAUACACUCGUGAAAAUUGCCAAGAACUAAUGUACCCAUACAUCUACUAUUAGUGAAAAAGGCUACUGUCAGUAAAAAAAUGUUUCUCCCUUUCAUUUGUUAAAUAACUAUAUACUUCUUUUUUUCCAGCUAUUUAUAUAAGGUAAGUUAUAACAGGUGCCAAAGCAAAGAGACAGGAACAGUAUUAAAAAGUGUGUGCAUAAAGCACUUAUUUUUGUACUUUUAGUACAAUAUUUGUAUAGAGUUCUAUACUGUGAAAUGUAAUAAAAAUCAUACCAUCCAUUUACUGGAAAGGCAAUCAUCUGUUUUGAAAAAAUAAAAUAAAAUAAAAUUGCCAUCUAAGAAUCAGGAAUUCAAGGGAAAUUGUAAAUUGGAUUAAAUACUGUGAAGCAAUUUUGUAAUUCUAGGCUCAUCACAGAGCAUUAACUGGACUUUGAAAUAUCAUUAAACUUUCUAAACUAACCUGA